GAUAAAGAAUUUACUAGCAACAAAAAGCAAAAAUAUGAUCUGUCUCAUGACACUAACAAUAUUAUCAAACCGGACUUAGAUAUUUCUGUUAAAACUUCUACCUCACUAAAUCUUAACUAUAAAAACAUAAAUGAUUCAUGGAUUUUAAUUAGUAUAUUCAAGUAUCAAGAAAGAUUCCGGCUUUCAGGCAUUGCAAUUGAAUCUCUUAUAAAAAUUUUUAAAUUGGUUUUGACGGAUGUCGAUAGAAAGCGGUUUGAAAAUUUCCUUCUACGGCUUAUAUGGCCAAAAAGAUUUAAAUGUACCUACGCUGAAUUCCCUAAUCAUCCGUUGCAGACUAAACGCCAACCUUGCGGGUUCGAAGUACUAAUUAAGAUACCUGUAAGCGAUGGAUAUAUUUGGCGUCCCAAAAUGGUAUAUCUAUUGACAUGUUUGAAGGCCCAAAUAUCCACUAUGUACCAAAGACUGGGAUUCGAAGAUCUGUUGUGUUCCUUCCCGAAUAGUCACCGCCAAAUAGAGCCAGAGCUAUUACGAAUCAUUCUACUGAAUUGGAGACUUGAUGAUCUUAUAUCAGCGCAAUCAAGUAACUUAAAAUUUCUCAAAUGUUUAAGCCUAAUACGACCAAGAGCAGCAGUGGGAAGCUUAGCUGUUUAUAACAAUUUUGAGUUUGAUGAACUUCGCCAUUUUAGACAGAUUUAUCAGCUUGAAAUUGAAGACACAAUUACCGGUUCAGAGUAUUUUCCCGGCAAAAUGUUGCUUCCUAAAAAAGCAGAUUUUGGCUUGCCAGAUAAUGUAUAUAAUGUACUGGUAGCCUAUUAUAAUAAUGCAUAUGACAUGGAGUUUUUGUCAAUUAAGGAGGCAACUCAGAAAAAAGUAAAAAUUUCUGACCUAAAGAUUGUUGUUAGACCUCAA